AUGGGAGCUGAGAAAUGGUUCGAUAUCGAACUUUGGAACUCCACCAAGCAGUGCUUCAAAGUUUUAAAAUCACGUGGUUAUCGUAUUGCCACAACGCAUGUGGGAAUGGAUGCGGUUUCCAUUUAUGAUAUGGACUGGUCAUGCUCAACAGCAAUAGUUGUUGGAAAUGAAAAUAGUGGGAUAAGCAACGAGGCUCUGGAGUUGUCAGAUCUGCAUUGCAGUAUUCCUAUGAAAGGCAUGGUGGAUUCUUUCAAUGUUUUUGUUGCUGCUGGCAUUCUCAUGCACCAUGCCGUCUGUGACAGGACUUCUCGCUUGGGUUGUCAUGGUGAUCUAACAUUGGACGACAGCCAAACUCUUCUUGAGGAAUUUUAUCUGCAUCACUGCAAGAGUGCAAUUAGUAUUGCCAAAGAGUAUGCGAACAGGAAGUUAACCAGGUUCACGACAAAGCUUUGA